AAAAUAAAAGAAAAGAAAAAAAAUUAAAUCCAGAACUGCCGAGAGAAUCCCUCCAUUUCCCCGGCUGUCCCGAAUCCACGCCGCGCGUCCGCCGACCUCACCGCCGGUGGCCGGGGUGGUUCCAGCAACUCCCAUCCGCCCGCGGCCGCUGCAAGCCGCGGAAUCCCACUGGACCGCGGCUCAGGCCCCGAGCACAUGGCACCGCUCCCACCACCACCGGCGGCAGCGGCUGCCUCCCCCAUCUGCUGCGUCUCGCUCCACUCCCCCGGCCGCCGCCGCGCUUCCUUCUCCGCCGCCCCGUCCUCCGCCAGAAGCUUCCCCAGAUUCUCGGCCAGGAGUAGUGGCGGCGGCGGCGCUAGUCCGGGGCCCAAACCAGGUGACGACGAGAGCAAGGCUGUCCUUGACGCCUUCUUCCUCGGGAAGGCCUUCGCGGAGGCGCUGACCGAGAGGGUGGAGUCGGUGGUGGGCGAGGUGUUCAGUGUCGUGGGACAGUGGCAAGCCGAGCAGCAGAAGCAGGUCCAAGAGUUCCAGGAGGAGGUAGUUCAAAGAGCCCAAAAGGCAAAAGAGAGAGCUGCUAUAGAGGUCGUCGAUGAGACGAGCCCGAAGACUUUGAGGGAGCCUUCAAAAACAAUUGUGACACCUGCACCUGCGACACCUCCUCCACCUCCUCCCACCCAGGAAGAAUAGUUAUAGCCUUGUAGGCGGUGGUGAAGAGUUAAUGCUGCAUGAAGAUGCAUUUUUUUAAUCCAAGUAAGAGAUUCUCCAGUGAGAUGUACCCCUGAAAUGUCUUUUUCUUCUAUAGUGAAUACCCGGCAUUUCAAUAAAAAGAAUGGAUGGUUCACUUUUCACAUAUGUAUGAAAUGGAACUUAGCAGUUUACUUUGGAUUUUUAGAAAAAACAAUAUUUGCAAAUACAAUUAUAAGGAGAUGAUAUGUCUACUCUGUAUCAGGUUCUGUCCUAGUUGUAUGCAACACUUCAUCCUAGUUAUCAGAUUAAAACAACCCUGAAGACCAGAAACAAUUGCUUGAAACUCCACAUGACACCUUUCUUGACAACAUCCAGAAAACUUCAAAGGAGACAUGUCGGAGAUGAAGAGUGAUUUGUGCAUAAAAAACUCAAAAUAACUUGAAUAUUGCUCUGCCUGGACUGUCAUAUUACACGUGACUUUGCAUAUGGUGUUUUGACUUUGUCCUUUCAGAUGCGUUGAGGCAUUCAUUGAGCUUUACUUGUUAGCAUUCGGUUUCCAGAGAAUGCAGAUAUGACUAACUGGAUUAUGAGUGCAGCACUUUUCAUGUAUUUAGAGGUACAAGCUUUGUUUGAUUUCAUGAAUUUCUGUUGUGUCGAAAUGCUUCAGUUGGAUACUAAUACCCAUAACGCAGGUCUUUAAUGUUAGUGUAGUCUAACACUGAUGAUCUUAAGAAGUUUCUGCAGACAAAUUGGCGAAAACGCUCUCAAUCAUUGAUGAAGUACAAGCAAAAUCAUCAUCGGAAGAUAGAAGGCAGGAAGAGCACCAUGGCUUCUAUUAUCAGGGUUAUUCAAUAAUCUGCUCUAUGUGACUGCACUUGGAGACCGCCUGUCAGCCUGGAAC